GUUUUGUUUCUGCAUUCGUUAAAAUACGAAUGAAUGGGCAUUAGAGAAAACGAGAGAAAGCGAAAAAAAUAUAGAAUAUAUAGAGAAUACAUCCGUGCAAACAAAACGAAAAGAUCUAAUGUUGCAAAAGUGAAAGAUUGAUAUUAUAUUUGCAUAUGAUAAAAAGUUUGUUGAAUGUAUCAAUUUAUCGGAUGAAGAAUAAAAAAGAAUUUUUAGAGUCUCUGUAUCAAUAAUUUUCAAUACGUCUUGUGGGUUUUUUUGUUCGAACUUACGUCAGCUCUCAGCUGAUAAAACUAAACGAAACACGUGCAUAUAUACACGUGGUUGGAAUUUGAUUUCAUAUCCACAUAUUUGUAUUUUUGAAAAAUGUUAAAUAUGCGUAGAAAUGCGCCUAAUAUUCUAGUAACAGGCACACCUGGUGUCGGUAAGAGUCUAAUGUCGCGCAUAUUGUCGGAGAAAACUGGAUUAGAAUGGCUCGAUGUUAGUAAAUUAGCUAUCGAAAAUGAAUGUGUAACAGAAUACGACGAUGUGUACCAAAGCAAUAUGUUAGAUGAGGAAAAGCUACUGGAUGGGAUGGAGAAUCUUAUGAAUGAAGGAGGAAAGAUUGUAGAUUAUCACAGUGUCGAUUUCUUUCCUGAGAGAUGGUUUGACAUUGUAUUUGUACUCAGGACAGACAAUACUACUUUGUAUGAUCGUCUCAAGGAAAGAGGAUAUUGUGGAAAGAAACUAGAAGAUAACAUAACUUGCGAAAUUUUUCAAACUAUUCUUGAAGAGGCAAGAUCAUCCUACAGAAAAGAAAUAGUACAUGAACUAAUUAGCAAUACUUUAGAUCAGGUGACAGACAAUGUAAAUAGAAUAUGUCAGUGGCUGGAGCAAUGGAAAAUAGACAAUCAGCAAACUUGAAAAUAUAUAUAAUUAAUUUCCCCUCAAUCUGA